AUGGCAAUGCGUCGGUUUCAAUGCCUCGAGAAACGCUUGAUGAGAGAUGCUUCGCUUGCAGCAGUCUUGCAACAGAAAAUUUCUGAUUAUCUACGCAAAGGCUAUAUCCGAAAGCUAUCAGAGGAGGAACUUAUACGCCCAAACCGUCGCACCUGGUAUCUUCCUGUGUUCCCAGUAAAGAACCCUAAUAAGCCAGGGAAAAUUCGCAUCGUGUGGGAUGCUGCAGCCACUGCUUUCGGAAAGUCACUAAAUUCAUUUCUUCUGAUUGGGCCUGACCAGCUUGCAUCGUUGUUCUCUAUUCUCAUCCAGUUCCGUGAGCGUGCGAUUGGACUAACGGGUGAUCUGCGAGAGAUGUUCCAUCAAGUCUCGAUACGGAACGAAGACCAACUUUGUCAACUCUUUUUCUGGAGAGAUGAGGAUGGUCAGCUGUCAACCUAUGUGAUGCGUGUUAUGACUUUUGGUGCUUGUUGCUCGCCAAGCAGUGCACAAUAUGCAAAGAAUAUGAAUGCAGAGCGGUUCAGAUACCAGUACCCGACAGCAGCAAACGUUAUUCAAAAGCGUCACUACGUGGAUGAUAUGCUAGUUAGCGUCGAUACGGAAGGAGAGGCAAUACAACUGGCAAAGCAGGUUACGUUCGUACACGCGCAAGGCGGUUUUGAGAUCAGAAACUGGAUCAGUAAUUCUCAACGGGUACUGAGAGCCCUGGAUGAGAACAGUACGAAGGAGAAGAACCUUGACCUCGCUCCGGAAUUGGCCACGGAGAAGGUGUUGGGGAUGUGGUGGUGUACCGCGUCUGAUGUCUUCUCAUAUAAAGUUGGAUGGAACCGAUACGAGCGCCCCCUCCUGGAGGGUCAACGUUGCCCGACAAAGCGGGAAAUGCUACGAAUCCUUAUGUCUAUGUUCGAUCCCUUGGGGUUAAUUGCACAAUUCCUGAUGUACCUGAAGAUCCUCAUGCAGGAAGUCUGGCGGUCCGGAGCUGAUUGGGACGAUGAAAUUAACGGAGUACUCUUCUCCAAGUGGCAGACGUGGCUUCAGAUCCUCCCACAAAUCGAAACGCUCAAUAUUCCUCGUUGCUAUCGCAGUCGAAUUCCAGCAGAUUUUUCCGACGUGCAGCUCCAUACGUUUGUAGACGCGAGUGAGGAUGGAAUGGCUGCAGCUUGCUAUCUUCGUUACUCCCAUGGCGAUACCAUCGAAUGCACGUUAGUCGCUGCGAAAACCAGAGUUUCUCCGUUGAAAUUCCACUCGAUUCCUAGAUUGGAACUUCAAGCAGCGGUGUUGGGUGUUCGAUUGGCUUCCACAGUAAAAGAAUCCUUAUCUGUGAACAUCACUCGGCGAAUUUUUUGGUCAGAUUCACGAGAUGUGAUCUGCUGGGUCAAUUCGGAUCAUCGGCGUUUUACACCAUUUGUAGCCCACCGAGUUAGCGAAAUUUUGGACUCCACAGAACCAGCAGAUUGGCGCUGGGUUCCUACCAAGCAAAAUGUCGCGGACGAUGGCACUAAGUGGGUGAAACUACCAGACAUGUCUGCAGAAGCUCGUUGGUACACAGGACCACAUUUCCUGAUGUGCACUGAGAAGUAUUGGCCGCAACAACCAACCGUGACUAGGACAACAGAGACCGAACUACGCCCGUAUUUGUUGAUGCAUGUCCAGAAAACUGAGCCGCUUCUCUGCUUCAGUGACUUCAGUAGCUGGAGAAAGAUGGUGAACACAAUUGCAUACGUUCUUCGGUUUUCCAACAAUAUCAUUAAGAGGAUGAAAAGGCAGGCAGUUACGAAUGGCCAUCCUUCAAUGGAAGAGCUGACCGCCUCUGAAUCCCAUUUGAUCCGGCAAGCACAAGAGGACGCCUACCCCGACGAAUACACCCUUCUCCACCAGUCUGGUGGAGCCACGCUUCCGAAAACUAGCGCUUUGUAUAAGCUCACCCCUUGGAUCGACAAACACGGAAUCAUGCGGAUACGAGGUCGUAUUUCUGCCUGUGAGUUCGCGACCGAAGAUGCCAAGAAUCCGAUCAUUCUACCCCGUAACCACCACGUUACCAGUCUCAUUGUUGCACACUAUCACCAAAAAUACCACCAUCAGAAUCACGAGACUGUAAUUAACGAGAUACGGCAACGUUACUCCAUUUCUCGACUUCGAAGUACCUACUUACGGGUACGCAACAGUUGUCAACGAUGUAAGAAUAACCGGGCAAUUCCGCAGCCCCCUAUCAUGGCAGAUCUCCCACAUACCAGGUUGGACGCAUUCGCUCGACCGUUCACCCAUGUAGGCGUGGACUACUUCGGUCCUAUUACAGUCGUAAUAGGCAGGCGAUCGGAAAAGCGAUGGGGGAUGCUCGUAACCUGCAUGACAAUACGAGCCAUCCAUAUUGAAAUCGUCCAUUCGCUGAGCACUAAUUCGUGCAUCAUCGCGCUGCGCAACUUUAUCUCGCGUCGGGGUACGCCCCGAACGAUCUAUAGUGAUCGCGGUACCAACUUUGUCGGAGCAUGUCGUGAGAUGCAGAAGGCAGAAGCUUCGGUCAACAUAGAAGAGAUGAUGAAGGCGUUCGUUUCAUCGGAAACCAAAUGGGUCUUCCUCCCACCUCUAUCUCCACACAUGGGCGGCUGCUGGGAGAGAUUGAUUGGAACAGUCAAACGAAACAUGACGGCUAUUUUGUCAACGCAAAAACUGACGGACGAAGUACUGCGAAAUGUUUUGGCCGAAAUUGAAAACGUAGUGAAUUCUCGACCACUUACUCAUGUUCCGAUCGAUGACGAUUCCGGCCCAGCCUUGACUCCAAACCAUUUCCUCCUUGGAUCAUCCGAUGGUACCAAACCUUUGUGCACUCUAGAAGACAGUGGUGCCGCAUUACGGCAGUGUUGGCGUGCAUCGCAGAUACUCGCGAAUAGAUUUUGGAAACGUUGGCUGAGUUCGUAUUUACCUGAGAUCACCCGCAGAACUAAGUGGUUUAUCAACACGAAGGCGAUUGGAAUCGACGACGUGGUAAUCAUUGCUGACCCUAAAAAUCCCCGGAAUUGUUGGCCCAGGGGGAAGGUCAUCGGAAUCUGUCCUGGAAGAGAUGGACAACCUCGAUCAGCAACUGUGAAAACAGGGAACGGUGUCUACGAGCGACCAGUUGCUAAACUGGCUGUGCUAGAUGUACGGCGCGAUGAUUAG